AUGCACUCGAUCAUCGGCUGGAGCAGUCGUGUCGGUGCCUGGGCUCGCGUGGAAGGCACUCCUAUCCCCGUAGGCAGCCACUCCACCAGCAUUGUCAAGCAGGGUGUCAAGGUGCAGAGCAUCACCAUUCUUGGCAAGGAGUGUGGUGUCGGUGACGAGGUCCGCGUGCAGAACUGCGUGUGUCUUCCUUACAAGGAACUCAAGCGGGAUGUUUCUAACGAGGUCAUCAUGUAA